AUGUCAUUUAACGAGAUCCGACAGUUCAAUCGAGGACAUGGUACAUCGCUUCUGGGAGUAGAAGUGUACCACACGACACCAUCAAGCUUCUCUGCUGAGGAACAAGCGUGCGAAGAUCAUUUCGUAGCCAACGUCCAGUGGAAUACUGAAGGACGUGUCCAAGUACGUCUACCAUUGAAGGAAGGACAUCCCACCCUCGGAUCCUCUUUCGAAAUGGCAUCAAAACGCUUCAACAUGCUCGAACGCAAACUCUCUCACAACCCCGAGUUAAAGAGACAAUAUCAUCAAUUCAUGCAGGAAUACAUUGACCAAGGGCAUAUGUCUCGGCUCGAGGACAUAGACUGGAAUCAUCAACACUUCUUUAUUCCGCAUCAUUGCGUUUUAAGACCGCAAAGCAACUCGACAAAGCUCCGCGUCGUCUUUGACGCUUCGGCCAAGUCGUCAAAUGGCCAAUCACUGAACGACAUCUUGAUGACGGGUCCUACAAUCCAACAGGAUCUCGUUACCACUAUACUUUCAUUCCGACUACACAAAUAUGUCUUGUCUGGCGACAUAAGUAAGAUGUACAGACAAUUCGUAGUGGAUGAACGAGACAGGAAGUAUCAGCUAAUUCUUUGGAAAGGUGACUCCGAAAAACUCCAUUGGCGUAUAUCGCCGACACAUUUGCAAGUGAGUUUCCGAUCGGAGCUAGCGUACUCAAAUCCGAUCUAUACGUGUACGACGCACUCACCGGUGCCGACGACCUUGUCCUACUAG